AUGGCUGAUUUGCGUGAACAGCGCGCGGCCGUCAAAUUUUACUUCCUGCUCGGAAAAACAGGCACAGAAACCUUUGGGAUGUUGAAAACAGCUUACAAAGGUGAUGCUUUAGGGAAAACUCAAGUAUUUGAGUGGUUUUCCCGUUNCCAACGAAAAUGUAGAAAAAAUUCACAAAAUUAUCCUGGAAGAUCGACGGCAAACCAUCAAAGAAGUAGUGAAGAGAUCUGGUGUGACAUGGAGUUUAGUACAGAGAAUUUUAAGUGAAGAUUUGGGGAUGAGACGGGUGGCUGCAAAAUUUGUUCCUCGACUGCUAACUGAACAGCAAAAACAAGGCCACGUGGAAUCAUGUUCUUCUUUGAAAGAAUUCCAAAAUUACCUGAACUUCUUUUCCAAGGUCAUUACAGGUGACGAAUCAUGGUGCUAUGGAUAUGGUCCUGAAACCAAGCAACAGUCGAGCCAAUGGAAGACUCCAGCAUCGCCUCGCCCUUAA